UCCCUACACAGGGCUGUGGAGGCCAUGAAGCACAACUGGGCAGCUGUGGCCAUGGAAAUUAAUGAAGAGGCAGUCGGAGGAAAUACCCAAGCACAAGGGCUGCUUGGUCAAAUCCAGACAUACAGCUUCAUAGCCCUGACUCACGCACUGGCCGAUCUACUACCAGUGAUGACAAAACUGAAUUUAGUUUUUCAGAAAGACAACGUCAAUCUUUCCAGCAUCCGGCCAAUAGUGCAAGCAUCUGACGCGGCAUUUAGACACUUACGAGAUGUCCCCGGUCCAGAAGAGGAAACAUUCCAUGCGGGAUAUAAAGACGGCACAUACAAGGAUGUCAAAGUGACCAAUUCAAGCGACCACUUCAUUGAAGCUUUCAAAGAAGCCAGAGAACGCUAUGUUCAACAUCUGAUAGAUGCCUUGCUAGAUCGGUUCCCCGAGGAUUGCAUGUAUGUACUUCACUGCCUCGAUGCCCUUCUGAACCCCUCUAGAUAUCCGCAGACACAUAGUGCUCUCCAAGAAUAUUCAGAACCAGCAAUCAGAAGGAUUAUUUACAAUUUUACAAGCCUUGAGUCUGCGGACACCGCUCCUCUUAUCGAUACCGUAAGCCUGCAAUGUGAUGCCCUCGCUGUCAUGACAGCGCUCCAUGGCUAUGGAGGAUUGCAUUUCUCCACAGCCUGCGAAGUCCUCAUACGUGAUUUCAACUAAAUGUAUCCAGAGUGGACCAAGCUCGCCAAGAUAGCCUGUGUAAUCCCUGUCUCGAGUGUUCCUGCAGAGAGGGGGUUCUCGCUGCAGAAUCGGAUCAAGACGAAGCAGCGAAGAUGCCUUGCGGAGAACAAGGUUACGCGGCUUAUGCGCAUUGCAAGUUGUGGAGAGACACUGGGAAGUUUUGAUUUCAAGUCGCCAGCUGCACAAUUCAGCACUGCAAAAAAGCGUAAAAAGUAGCCAAAAAUGACGCGAGACAAUGUUAUAGGCCUAGUCAUUUGUUUGUUCAAGUUAAUUUGACAAGGAGUCAUUUCACACGGUGGCCAAUUUAAAUGU